AUGUUCCUCCCACUGGUCGCCACUCCUCUGGCAGUGCGUCUGUUGUGCCAGUCAAGGGUCACUUCCCGUGGUGGCAGCCCUCUCCAUGUUGUGCCGACCUACGGCAAGAGAUGCUCCUCCGGAGGCUCAGUGUCUCUCAGUGUAUUCCUGGUGUCUGUUGCAUUCGUAGUGUGUGCUGUUUGGCUGGUAGCUCUAUGUGGCGUCUGCACCUGGUGUCAGCGUAAACUGGGGAAGAGGAAUAAGCCCGGGGUGGAGGCUGCCAGCUCUCCAGAAUCUGUGAGAGGUCGAGGGGAAAAUAAAGCCAUCAAUGAUCUAGACAGAGACUUUUGGAAUAACAAUGACAGCAGCAACGUGCAACAGAGGUGGAGCUCCUACCCGCCCAAGGAGUUCCUCUUAAACAUGUCUCCCUAUGCUCCCUACGGAGACCCUCGCCUCACGCCCAAUGGGGCUGUGGAUAAGGGUGGGCAGGGCGGUGCUGGACCCUCGCCGGGGGCCAGUGACAGCGGGGGUGGUGCUUGCUCUGGGACUGGGGCAGGGCCCAGUCGCAGUGACAGCGUUCGGAGCAUGGUGACGGGGGGCAGCAAGGCCGGACGGUGGCAGGCUGUCCAGAGCCACAUGCAUGCCGGAGGCCUGCGGUUUGGCAAUUUUGGGGAUGCUUCCCUCUCGUCUGCUUCCACCCUGGAGCACAUCCCAUCCUCAGCCGUGGCACGCCCUCGGCCCCUGGUCCGGCAGCAGAGUCUCCAACAGCCCCUCACUCACCAGCCCCCUCCGGGUCCAAACGACCCCCCAGUCACCUCACAAAGCCUGGGCCAGCUGCACACAGGUCCAGGUGGUGGGGGCCACCGUGGGGGCCCGCGCGGGGUCCGGGGGAGUCCGGCUGGAGCCUCCCGGUACAGAGGAGCAGGGGCAGGCCGAUCGAGGUCAAACCCUGGCAGCUGGGAUCACAUGGUGGAGCAGAUCCGCAACAGAGGGCUGGACGUCAAGUCGUUUUUUGAGGGGAAGAUGGUUGUUCUGUCUCUAGCAAUCGGGCUGGCCGAACAGGAUGACUUUGCCAACCUCCCCGAUCUACAGGAAGCACCGGCAAGCAAAGAAAAUGAUACCACGCCAGAAAAGAGAACUCCAGGUAACAAACCAGGCAGCAGCCCCAGAGGUCAGACCCCAGACGAGACCGGACGCCGUCACGAUGCCAACUCCUCUGUGUCUGACUUAGCCAAUUCAGUCACCAGUGACAUGCUCAUGUUGUCUCCAGGUUCGGAGGAAGAUGAUCAUGAGGGUCCAGUGUGUGAGAAACUGGGUCGCAUUCAGUUCAGUGUUGGAUACAGUUUUCAGGACUCCACCCUCACUGUCAAAAUUCUCAAGGGUCAGGAUUUGCCUGCUAAGGACUUUUCCGGCACCUCUGAUCCGUUUGUCAAACUCUACCUGCUGCCCGACAAGAAGCACAAACUGGAGACCAAAGUCAAGAGGAAGAAUCUAAACCCCCACUGGAACGAGACCUUCCUGUUUGAAGGAUUCCCCUAUGAGAAGGUGGUCCAGAGGACUCUAUACCUGCAGGUUCUCGACUACGACCGCUUCAGCAGGAAUGACCCCAUAGGAGAGGUGUCCAUCCCCCUCAACAAACUGGACCUGGCCAACAUGCAGACUUUCUGGAAGGAGCUGAAACCAUGCAGCGAUGGCAGCGGGAGUCGAGGGGAUCUGCUGGUGUCUCUGUGCUACAACCCCACAGCCAACACCAUCACUGUGAGCAUCAUCAAAGCCCGCAACCUCAAAGCCAUGGACAUUGGAGGCACUUCUGACCCCUAUGUAAAAGUGUGGUUGAUGCACAAGGACAAGCGUGUGGAGAAGAAGAAGACGGUGGUAAUGAAGCGCUGUCUGAACCCUGUUUUCAACGAGUCCUUCCCCUUUGACGUGCCUGCCCACGUGCUGAGGGAGACCACCAUAAUUAUCACUGUCAUGGACAAGGACAGACUCAGUCGCAAUGAUGUCAUUGGAAAGAUUUAUCUUUCAUGGAAGAGUGGCCCUGCAGAGGUAAAACACUGGAAAGACAUGAUGGGUCGUCCUCGCACUGCUGUGUCCCAGUGGCAUGCUCUCAAGGCCUGAGGAACCAACAGUGUUUUUCCCCUCAGAAUUCAGCAUCAGCCUCUCAGCCCCUGCUCUCAGCACAUAUCCCCUACCCCCUAACUGCAGUCUUGGGCUGCAGAUAAUGUGUGUCAUCUCUUUGUUCUCAGGCCUCUUUGAUAUCUUCUGCUCUUAGUCCACGUGACACCAUCCUUAAAUUUCACCCUUGUCAAGUUCUGAUUCCCACCUGACCCCCUCUCUCUUUGUCUGAACUUAAAAAUGUCUUUGAUGUCUUUCCUCACUCCUUCCUUGUGCCCUCUUUCUAUGAGAUGUUUUUUUUCCAAGAUACUCCUCAGUCUUUCCUCCACCUUGUCAAACAUUCCAUGUGUUUAACAUCGGAGCAGUACUUCUUGCCACCCAUGAAUACAAACUACCAACCAAAAAUGGAUCAAACUGAUAUUCCAACCAUCCUCUGUGGUGGCAAGAUGGGCUGUGUUCAAACAUGCAUCUGAGUGUGAAUUGCGCUGACCUGUGCAACCCAUUUACCAACUACAUCUGGUGUUGUAGUGAGGAAUCUUCCACUUUGCUCCUCGCCUCUUUCUUCAAGUCCUCUUCCGUUACUGUCACUAUUCCUCAAUACCCUUAAAAUGCCUGAAAAAUCAGGAAAACCGACACAGGCACUGGAAGAGUGAUGGGCUGUAUUUAAAAUGGAAUUAGACUGGAAUUGGACUCCGUCGCUCAACUCAUGUUUGAUCUUUUUCACUUUUCACUCUCUCUCUGGCACCACUGUAAUAAUUCUCCCUUGGCUGGAACUCUUCGUUGUCUGUGUGUGCUGUGGGUGAUGUGCUGUAACCCCAAAUGAAGUUCUUCAACAAAAAAAAAGGAUAUGAACAUGAACAUUUAACGCUGGUCCAAUAGGGCAAGUGUAAAAAAAAAUAUAUAUAUAUGAUCCUAUUUUCUUGGAAAAGAAAUCCUGAUGGACAGAAAAAAAAGAGUAAAGUGAUUAAUGUUGUGUUUUAUUUUUGGUUUUCAAAAGAAUUUAGAGAAUCAACCUGCUCUUCCAGACACAGAAAAUAAGCAAAAAGCCAGCUUCCAUAAGUGUGGAAGUGUGGGUUAAUGGAUGUGUGUAUGUGUGUGUGUGUCUGUGUGUGUGAAUGAGGGAGUAUUUUGGACUUGCACAGCUAAUUUAAGAUAUUGCUGAAACAGCAAAGCCCUUGAUAAUGAUGGUAAAAACAAGGUAUUGUUAAUAUUUGUGGUGUUGUUAGCUGAAGACGUGGGGAGGUCACUAAGGUUAAAGGGUCAAUCCACCCAAACCACAAACACCCAUACCACAAAGUGUAAGUAGGCAAAACAUUGUUUUUGUUUUGAUGACAAAAAAAAUAUUCCCAAUGUUAGCUUUUUACGUGUUUUCAACCACAUUUCACAGUUUUCUUCAGCAGAUGGACUCAGUUGAAGAUCACAUGGUAAACUUGCACACAGUGGAAUUACAUCAGCACGCUCUAAGCCAAAAGCAUCAGUGAUGGGGCCAAAAGCUGCCACACCUUGGGGAACACCAAACAAACAUCACUGGACGCAACUUGUGCAAGCCAGGAACUGAACGUGGUUUUUCCACCAUGAGAUCUUGGAUCAAACUGAACACUCCACCCACUGAGGAAGAUCCUGGGAUGCAUUCAGUAGGAAAAAGCUAGAAAGUAGACCUUGAAUUUUUUUUUUCUGUCAAACUACAUUCACAUUUUGUGAUUUGGGUGAAGUGACUAUGAAUGCAGCCAGUAAAUGACUUUGUUAGGGUUACAUAUGUAUAAUGUAUGUAAUAUGUUAAGAAAUCAGAUGAGAAAUAAAUCAGUUAAUCUGAAUCAAAAUGCACUUUUUAUGUCACCCAUGUCACCCUCUGUGUCUAUCAGCGGCAUUAAUCUGUGCAUUAAACCUAGAAAAAGGCAUUACAGAACCCUACAAAGCUUUUAUUUUUUUGAUUUUUACUGAGUAUUAUGAGUCCAAGGGCAAUAUUAGACUAGGUUUUUAUGUUAUUUUGGGGGGUUUUGAAAAAGGUACAAGUCAGUCUUCCAGUUGUUUGCUUCACUGCCUGCAUGUGACCUCCCCAAGUCCCAUAUAGACAUGUGCUGAUUGGAUGAAUGGAAACAAAUGAGAGUAAUAAUAUCUGGGGGAAAACUCUUUUUACAUUCCACUGUUCGUUUUUGUCUACUGGCUGUGUGUGUGUGUGUUUGCACUGUGGGUGAGUGUCAAUAUUCGAACUUUAGGUUGUGUGAUUGUACUUACUGUGAGUCCCUCUGUGUGUGUAUAUAUCUGCACUGAGUUCUAUUUUGCCAGUUUAAUACAGAACAACAUUGUUUACCGUUUUUAUUCUGUAUGAAACAAUCCAGAUGUACAAAGAAAUAUGUUUUUUUAAAGUUGUCACUUCUUUAAGAAUCACUGCACUUGUUGACGACGAUGCUGGAACAAACCUCUCCUCAUAGCAAGGUUAUUUUCCUCAUGUGUGGUUUAAAGGACGUUUGGAUUGGGUGGAGGCAAAUCUGUUAUACAUGAGCAGAGAGUGAAGGUCAAAGGAAAAAUGUCACAACCAAGCUUUACAACAAACCUAGAUAAAACCUGUUCUCUUUGACCGCCAGACAACAUAUUUUUGGUUCAGACAGAAGCAGCUACCAACAUUUUGUCCUAUCUGUCCUUCUUAUCUGGUCCGAUCUGAUUCACCAAGACCAAAAAAAUGAAGGGUGGCACCUUAACAUCAGAGCUGACGUUCCCCCAAAACACCCCCGUCGUGCACACAUGCUUUCUGGCACAAAGUGUUCUGUGUGUGCCUUAUAAACCCUGCCACGCCUUGCUCUUCACCAUAUGUGCUCCCUCUCCAAGUGUCAGGGAGGGGGGAGGAAAAAAAAAAGGUGAGAUAGGAGAUAAUCAUCACCUCUUUGCAUCACUGUUAGCUACGUCUCAGGUCAGAGCAGAGCAUCGGAGCAUCCUAAAAUAACCAGGAACACAGUCAUGUGUCUGUCUUGAUGGCCCGGUGUGUUAAACAAGGCAUUAUGUUGAGUCCUGCUGACAAAGCAUUACAUUCCAAAGGCUUAGUGAAAGUCACCUUAAUCAAUGCAAGUUAACUAUUAUAUAACAGUCAGGGUUUGGUAUAUUUUAGUUUUAAGAAAUCUUGUGUGUCUACACUCUUCACUGGCCAAAUAGAAUAAACUGGACUUGGACAAGCUUGCAUUUCUGAUUUAGGGCAUUCUCUUGGGGGACUGCUUGAGACAAAGAGAGGUUAACCAGCAGCAUUUUAAUUUAUAUACUGUACAAAUGAUUGUGAAGUGUCCUGUAUGAAAAAAAAAAUCAUCAGUAUUUACUGGGGUUGUCUGUCUGUCCUUGGUAUCACUCAGCCCCCUCUUUUCACUCCCUUUUCUCUUUGUAGUUACACAUCCGUCGGGUGCACAAUGUUAAAUAUCAACCAUUUAUUUUUUUGAAAUCUGUACAGUGUAUAUA